UGUUAAGAGUGGGCACAAAAUUUUAUUUCAUCAGUUUCUGAAGGUAACGAGGUGAAGAUAAUUCUGCCUAUCCAGAUCUGAAUGGCAAAUAGCAAAGAGAGGACUUGAAAAAAGGGGUGGCAGUAUAGAGUCACAUGGUUAGGUGAGAGGAUAAGUAGUGAAAAGCAGCAGCAGCCUUUGGCUGAGCCACAGUUCCUUUCAGAGAAUCACAGCAGCAGUCUAGAGGCAGAAAGAUUAGGAAUCGAAGGCAAGCUCUUACCUGCAACUGCAUCCUGCAAUAUCAGCAAGACAGCAUAUAUUAUAUACAUAUUUCAGGCCCAAAGAAAACUGGACAGAAUUUUCUCCUUCUGACUUGGCAAGAUUAUUAUCAUUAUUAUUUUUUAAAAAGAAGUUCCUUCAUAACAACAAAGACAUUUCUGCAGGUGUGAAACAGAGUCUGAUUGUUAAGCAACAUGACCACCCAGAUAGACACUAGCAUACACUACAACUAUGAAUAUGAAGAGGAUGAAUAUAUGAACCAAGAGGAAGAAUGGGACAGGGACUUGCUUCUGGAUCCUGCAUGGGAGAAACAGCAAAGGAAGACGUUUACAGCUUGGUGCAAUUCCCACCUCCGGAAAGCAGGCACCCAGAUUGAGAACAUUGAAGAGGAUUUCAGGAAUGGCCUUAAACUGAUGCUGCUCUUGGAAGUCAUUUCAGGGGAAAGACUUCCAAAACCAGAUAGAGGAAAGAUGCGUUUCCAUAAAAUUGCAAAUGUCAACAAAGCUUUGGAUUUCAUAGCCAGCAAAGGUGUUAAACUGGUCUCAAUUGGUGCAGAAGAAAUUGUAGAUGGAAAUAUAAAAAUGACCUUGGGUAUGAUCUGGACUAUCAUCCUUCGCUUUGCCAUUCAAGAUAUUUCUGUGGAAGAGACAUCUGCCAAAGAAGGGCUGCUGCUGUGGUGUCAGAGAAAAACUGCUCCUUACCGAAAUGUGAACAUUCAAAAUUUCCAUAUUAGCUGGAAAGACGGCCUUGGCCUCUGUGCACUUAUCCAUAGACACCGACCUGAUCUUAUUGACUAUUCCAAGCUAUCUAAGGAUGAUCCUCUGGGAAAUAUAAACCUUGCCAUGGACAUUGCUGAAAAACAUUUGGAUAUCCCAAAGAUGUUGGAUGCAGAAGAUAUUGUAAAUACCCCCAAACCUGAUGAAAGAGCUAUCAUGACUUAUGUUUCCUGCUUCUACCAUGCUUUUGCUGGAGCAGAGCAGGCGGAAACAGCAGCUAAUCGGAUUUGUAAGGUACUUGCUGUGAACCAAGAAAAUGAAAAGCUGAUGGAAGAGUACGAAAGGCUAGCAAGUGAGCUUUUAGAAUGGAUUCGCCGUACAACUCCUUGGCUGGAAAACAGAACCCCAGAGAGCACUAUGGCAGCUAUGCAGAAGAAGUUAGAAGACUUCAGAGAUUAUCGCCGUAAACACAAGCCUCCAAAGGUCCAAGAAAAAUGCCAGUUGGAGAUUAAUUUUAAUACAUUACAGACAAAAUUGAGGAUCAGUAAUAGACCAGCUUUUAUGCCAUCAGAAGGGAAAAUGGUUUCGGAUAUUGCCAGUGCCUGGCAAAGACUUGAACAAGCAGAGAAGGGUUAUGAGGAAUGGCUCCUGAAUGAAAUAAGAAGGCUUGAACGGCUUGAACAUCUGGCUGCCAAAUUUCGGCAAAAGGCUUCUUCACAUGAAACAUGGGCAUAUGGGAAAGAGCAGAUUCUGCAGCAGAAAGAUUAUGAAGCGGCUUCUCUGACAGAGAUUCGUGCUUUGUUGAGGAAACAUGAGGCCUUUGAGAGCGACUUGGCUGCUCACCAGGACAGGGUGGAACAGAUCGCUGCCAUUGCCCAGGAGCUGAAUGAACUGGACUACCAUGAUGCUGCAAGUGUCAAUGAUCGAUGUCAGAAGAUAUGUGAUCAAUGGGAUAGGCUGGGAACGCUCACACAGAAACGGAGAGAGGCACUGGAGAGGACAGAGAAACUGUUGGAAACAAUUGAUCAGCUUCACUUGGAGUUUGCAAAGAGAGCUGCUCCAUUCAACAACUGGAUGGAAGGUGCAAUGGAAGAUUUGCAAGACAUGUUUAUUGUUCAUACUAUAGAAGAGAUCCAGAAUUUAAUCACUGCCCAUGAGCAGUUUAAAGCGACUUUACCUGAGGCAGAUGGUGAAAGGCAAGCUAUCUUUUCAAUCCAUAAUGAAGUGGAGAAAGUAAUUCACAGUUACAGCCUCAGAAUAAAUGCCAGCAAUCCUUACAGCACAAUCACUCUGGAUGAGAUCCGUACCAAAUGGGAUAAGGUAAAACAUCUUGUACCAAUAAGGGAUCAAUCACUGCAGGAGGAACUGGCCCGCCAGCAUACCAAUGAACGACUGCGCCGUCAGUUUGCUGCUCAGGCCAAUGUCAUUGGCCCCUGGAUCCAAACCAAGAUGGAGGAAAUUGCCCGAACCUCUGUUGACAUAACAGGGCCAUUAGAGGACCAGAUGAAUCAAUUAAAGCAGCACGAACAUAAUAUUGUCAAUUACAAACAUAACAUUGACAAGCUUGAAGGAGACCAUCAACUGAUACAAGAAGCUCUGGUGUUCGAUAAUAAGCACACCAACUAUACAAUGGAGCAUAUCCGGGUUGGAUGGGAGCUGUUACUGACCACAGUUGCCCGAACAAUCAAUGAAGUCGAGAAUCAGAUCCUUACAAGAGACGCCAAAGGAAUCACCCAGCAGCAAAUGAAUGAAUUCAGAGCAUCAUUUAAUCACUUUGACAGGAAGAAGAAUGGGCUUAUGGACCAUGAUGAUUUCAGAGCGUGCUUAAUUUCAAUGGGCUAUGAUUUGGGUGAGGCAGAGUUUGCCCGAAUCAUGUCCUUAGUUGACCCCAAUGGCCAAGGAACUGUCUCCUUCCAAUCUUUUAUUGAUUUCAUGACCAGAGAAACGGCAGAUACUGACACUGCUGAACAAGUUAUUGCUUCUUUCAGGAUCCUUGCUUCAGAUAAGCCUUAUAUUCUUGCUGAAGAGUUGCUUCGAGAACUGCCACCUGAACAAGCGCAGUACUGCAUCAAGAGAAUGCCAGCCUACAAAGGACCAGGGGCUGUUUCCGGAGCUCUGGAUUAUACCUCAUUUUCCUCUGCGUUGUAUGGUGAAAGUGACCUGUAACCAGCUAUGGUAGGGUUGGGAAUUGUGUGGCCCUUGAAAUGCUGUUGAAUUGCAACUCCCAGCAACCUUAGCCAGUACAACUAAAGUUGAGGAAUGAUGGUAACAGUAAUACAACUUUUGGAGGGCCACACAAUGCCCACCCUUGAACUAUAGUCACUGUGGGCAGUUAAAGUUUUUAAAAAAUCAUACAUAAAACAUUACAGUUUGUUCCUUGAAAAGUUUAGUGAGUUAACUGAAAUAAAUUUAUCAAGUUUAGCGGGUACAUUCAGCAAGUAACUGUACCAGAGAUGGGGAAUAUGUGGGCUACAGUUCUCCUUACUGUUGGAAGGGCAAUGCAAGUCAAAGUGGUGGUUGGUGGACUGGUGCCAAUCCAUUAAUGAUUUGCUUCCAGGAAAGAAAGAAACAAUUUUUGCCAAUGGGCACAAAUACAGCACCUGGCCCUGGCACACUGGGGGGGGGGGGAUGCCUGUAUCCCAAAUCAGAUAGCUUAAGAAGCAACAGGCUUAGCUGAACUGAGGUUUAGUAGAAUUGCAAUUGGACAACACUGGAAGGGCCACAUGUUCCCCACCCCUGAACUGUGCCAUAUAAGAUGUGCAGCACUGAUGGGGUUUUAUGUUGUUUGUAUUAGCUUUGUCAGUUUUAUACAGCUACAAGGCUACAUUGGCUCAGCAGUGUCUGGUUGAUGUUAUUUUUAAGAAAAACCAAACAUAUAGGAAAUUUUUCUCUCAUUGUCAGUUUAGGAAGCCUCAGGAAAAAGGAAAAACCUAACCCUUUUGAAAUUGUCACCCUACAUAGCUUUAAUAUUUAUGAAAUAUUUUCUUUAAGAUAUCUUCAUGCUUUACGCAAGUCUUCCGGAGUCUCCCUCCAGGUGUUUCCUUUUUGCUUUCAUGCCAUGGUAAUGCUUUCAUCUAUGGAUAUUGGCUUUGGUGUGCUUCUACAGGUGGAGCUGAAUAUACAAGAGGAAGAAGAAAAUGAAUCAAGCCAACUCAAAACUAUUAAGCACAGUUUUACUGGUUUAUUAAUGUGAAAUUUAUUUGGGCUUUUUAUUUUCAUAAAGUCAUAGAUCUUCAGGAGUUUAUUGCAAAGAACAAAACAAAAACCCAAUGGUAAAUUUUAAACUUAGCCUUGAAAGCAGCACUACCUGGUUUUUGACAUGGCAGCUGAAAGGGCACAAAAUUGACAGGGUAUUUUAAGAAAGCUCUGUGUCUAUGUUAAAGAGUUUAAUACCAAACUUUCAUUUUUUAAAAUAUAGUUCUAAAUACUGGAUGCUAGUUUAUGGUUAACAGUGUUCAUGUCAACAGCCAUUAGAACAAGGGUAGAUAUUUGCUGAUCUCAUUUUUUUUGGCCUACAACUCAUAUCAGCCACAGCCAGUCAGCCAAUGAGGGAUUAUAGGAAUUGUAAUCUAAAAAAAAUCAGGGACAGCCACAAUUCUCCACCACUACUAUAGAAAUCUUUUUUUGUUUGUUUGUUUUACUUGAAACCUAAUAAGCACAGGAAACACCAUUCAGUGCAAGUAAACUGAAAUAUUCACAAAUGCUAAUAAAAGCUUUAUGGUCCAGUACAAUUCAAAUGUGCCUACUAAAUAAAGUCUGCUUUUCAAACCAUAAA